AUGGUGGUGAACAGAGGAGCAGAAGAUCAGCUCAUCGAGUUGCCUCCGGGUUUUCGGUUUCAUCCCACGGAUGAGGAAAUCAUAACUAGCUAUCUCACGGAGAAGGUCAUCGACAGCAGCUUCGUGGCUAUUGCAAUCGGGGAAGCUGAUUUGAACAAGUGUGAGCCAUGGGAUUUGCCAAAGAAAGCCAAGAUGGGAGAGAAGGAGUGGUACUUCUUCUGCCAGAGAGACCGCAAGUAUCCAACGGGGAUGAGAACGAAUCGGGCCACGGAUUCUGGGUACUGGAAGGCCACAGGGAAAGACAAAGAGAUCUUCAAUAAUAAAGGGAAAGCUGGUUGUCUUGUUGGGAUGAAGAAGACGCUUGUGUUCUACAGAGGGAGAGCCCCAAAAGGAGAGAAGACCAACUGGGUCAUGCAUGAAUACAGACUUGAAGGCAAAAUCUCACAGUACACCAAUCUUUCCAAGGCUGCAAAGGAUGAAUGGGUUGUGUGCAGGGUUUUCCACAAGAACAUGGGGCUCAAAAAGACCAAUAAUACACCAACCAGGAUGAACUCUUUUGGGGAUCAUGAUCUCUUGGAUUAUUCCUCCCUCCCCCCUCUUAUGGAUCCUACUAGUUUCAAUAACAACAUCAUGAACAACAACGACAACAAGGCUUGUGGCUAUGGAGAUCAUGACGUAAAGCCCGGCACCAAUCUGGCUAGUACUGCACCAUCUCUAUCAUCAGCUAAAGCGUCAUCAUCAGAUGAUCAUCAUGCAAUUAAUAGCAAUAAUUACCUCAGUUACUUUUCGAUUGGUGGCUCCGGGGGUCAAGUCCAGAAGCCAAAUUACAGCUUUCAGGUGCAGCCUACCAACAGUUAUUACCAAGCUACUAGUCUCAGUAACCCCAAUAUGUUAUACCCUCAUCACCAUCAGUUUCAAAAUCCAAAUCCAAAUCCAAAUCCUUCGAGUGUCUGGUUUCAGCCAAAUCCCAAUAAUUCCGAUUAUUUUCAACAAGGCAUGAUCAGAGUUACUAAUAAUACUACUAGUGAUCAUGAUGAAGAUGAUCAGGCCAUGCUAAGAGCAAUAGCUGCAGCCAACAACAACAGCAGUAUGAAUAAUGAAACAUCUUCAUCAGCUGCUGCAGGCUUUGGAUCAUCAGGUGGCUUAGAGAGGCAGUGCAAAGUGGAGCAGUUUUCAUCGGCACCACAGUCCAUGUUUAGCCUCUCCCAAGACACCGGUAUCAGCACGGACAUCAACACCACCGAGAUAUCGUCAUCUCUUGUUUCAUCAAAGCAAGAAUUGGGAAGCGCCGCCAACAAUUGUUCAUCGUAUGAUCAACGUCCAUCAGUCGUCCCCAUUUCGGACAUUGAAGGCUUGUGGGACUUCUGA